AUCACUAAUUUUACCAGGGGCCGGUCAACAUGGUUCAGGAGAAGUUGUGAAACUCUUGCACCUGACAGGACUGCUCAUCACUGUCUACAGACUGAUGCUCAGCUCUAUCCUUCAUGAGACAGCAGAAGAGACAUCACAUUAAUUUCUCAUCAGAAUAAGCACAGCUUCCCAUUACCAUGGAUAAACAGUCCACAGUGGUGUUUCGAAAUGUGGGGCAACUGUACUUCCCCCAGACCAGAGUGGAGUGCCACUACAGUCUGACCUCUGACCAUCAGUGGAGCAACAAUGACUGGAUAGGGAUUUUUGAGAUGGGCUGGUCUUCACUGAAACAGUAUUACACAUACACAUGGGCUCUUGUUCCCGAAGGCUACACUGAGGGAACCAGUGUAAACUGCUGUGCAGUUUUCCACGCAUGCUACCUGCCCCGCCCCAGUGCCAUGGAAUACCAGUUUGUCUACGUGGAUAAGAUGGGAGAGGUGUGUGCUCGUAGUCGACCCUUCACUUUCUGUGCACCCAAGCCACUGGAGGAGCUGGAGACUCUGAAAGAGGAGCGAGAUGAGGAGGACGGAGAGGAGGAGUUGCUCCUGGUCGUCCCCAGGGCCCAGCUGCUGCAGAGUCGAUUGGAGGAGUGCCUUAAAAAACAAGUCGAUUUACAGCAGGCUCUGGACGUUGCAAAAAAGGAGACAGAGAAUGAGAGAGAGAACAGCAAAAAAGCAAGGAUGGAGUGGGAGCGUGAAAGGGAAGCAAUGAAGGAGGAGAUCUCAGAGCUUAGAGACAAUCUGAGAUACAACUACGACCUGCUGAAGAAGAUGGAGGGAAAACACAAGGAUGUGAAGUAUAGUCAGGAAAAUCUGACGUUUGAACUCAGCAAACUUAUGGCUGACAAGGCCGAGAGCCAGCAGCGAAUCAAAGACCUGGAGGACGAUAUCAAAGUUCUGACUGACAGGGAGAAAGAAGGAAACAUGGAACUGGAGAGGCUGAAGGACAGAGUGAAGAAAAUGUCCAACCAAAUGAAACACGAUGAGGAGAAGAGAAAGACUCUGCAGGUAGAGAAUGAGGCUGGUCUGGAGGAGGUGAGAGGGCUGCAGGAGCGGGUGGACGCUAGUGAGAACCUGACCGAGACCCUGCGCAGGGAGCUGCGGGAGCUGGGCACCCGUCAGGCCCACACCCGGACCGAGCUGCACCAAGCCCGGUUGCAAGUGGCCCAGCUCACCCUGCAGCUGUCUGAGGAGAACCUGGUCCUCAGGGAGGAGCGCGCCAACUGGGCCCUGGAGAGAGAGGCGUACAAACAUGCAGCAGAGACUGAUAAAAAGAAACUGCAAGAACUGAGCAGUGAGGUGCAGAGGAAGGAAGACUGGCUCCAGGAGGAGAGGAUAGAGAGGGAGAAACUUGAAGUGGAGCUCGGGAGAGAGAGAGAUUGCAGUCGAGUGCUGCUGGGAGAGGCCAAGCGGGAGCUGCAGGAGCUGAAGGCUGGUCUGAGGAGAGCCCAGACAGAAAGAGAGGAGCAGCAGCUUGAGAAACAGGACCUUGUGAGCUACAUCUGUCAGUUAGAGAAAAGGUUGGGGAUUGAGCCAGAAACCAAAACAAAAGUAGAAGUUCCCACAUCAAUCUCUCCUGACCCUUUUUCUGAGGACGAUGAGGAUGUUUCCUCAACUUCCCCCAGAUCAGUGUGUUUGCCUCUUUUCCUGUCCCCUCACCUGGAACAGCCCGACAGAGCCGAGACCCCCACUGAGAUGCACGCCCAGAGCGACGAAGACACACCAGCCUCUGACGCACAGGAUGAGAAGAGGCAGCAGUGUGAGAAACAACUGAAUGUACCAGAACUCAUCAAUCCCAUCCUGAGUGAGCUGGCUGACUCCCCCAUGUGGUGACACAAGGAAGGACAGCUGGACUGCAGCUUGCCUGUUCACCACUGCAGUGCAUGUUCACAAGAAUCUGGUAAUAUUUUGUGAUCAUUCAGUUGUUUUCUGUAGUUAAAUGACUUAACAAAUCACCUUCACAAAGGCCAUACUGUAGAGCUUUUACCUCAUGUGUGCCUGAAUUCAAAGAAAACAUGGCACAAUUUGUCAGUCUUACGUGCUCAGAAUUUUGAUUGUUUUAAUAAUGUUGUUAAUGUUCUGAACUUGAACUUAAAGUGCUAAUAACAUAUUUUUUGUCUGCAUAUGCUUCUCAUGCUCAUGUUCUCAUUUAGACUUUCAUAUGCAGACACUAAUUGUUUAGGCAUAUCUUUCAUUUUAUCCAAGACUCCAUGUGUAAUCCUCAGAUUGUCUGGAUUUUUAACAGAUUCAAAUGUAGGUAACUGAUGCCAUGAUCUGCUUGAAUUUAAUACAUUACAUCUUGUUUUGGUGUCAUAUCAGCCCUUAACCUCUGCAUGUGAGUGUGAAUCCUGAAACCAUGUCAAAUGUGUGGGUGUGUGUUACAGACAUGUGUGAAAUGUUCUGUUGCAGCUUGUUGAGCAGAAUGUCAGCUUGGAAAAAACAUGAGGGUUUAUUUAUUAUACUUUUCUCUACUAAUCUGAGCUUCUGUUGGAGAGAUGGGGUUCUUUAAUAAAAUAUGGUAAUAAAUACA